CACUAGCUUCCAACGUCCUCUUCUCAUGAGCAAUUGGACAUUUGGAGUCAACAACCUCGAAUGGAGUUAAGGCUAAAUUCGAGAAAUAGUGAAGAUGCACGAUCACAUCCAAUUACAAGGUAGAUUCAUCUACAAUCGAUGCUCACUGGUGAGAGAAAGGAAUGAAAGCAUCAAGCUAUAUCACAAACCUCUACCCAGAUUUACUAUCCUCAAAUUUAAUCUCUUUCAUGAAAAAACUGAUCCAUACAUAUAUAUGUGAUUACUUUGAGACGAACAAUGAGUCUUAUUGUACAACAUUCUUCCUUCAAGCCUGCAAGGCAUGUAGUAAAUUCUUUUGGUAUCCAUCCCUAAUAAGAUCGGUUUGGGAUGAAAAUAAACAGGUAAAGGACAAUUUUGAGAUGUUUUUUUGAAAUCUGAAGUGGGUAUUUUCAUACUAACAUUAUAAUAAAAAUCCAUCCUUGGGAGUAUUGUGAAGAACCGUCCCGAGUAGCAGAGGAAUUUAAAUUGAGUUAUAUUGUUUAUUUUCGUAAAAAUUUUCUAUGGGUAAUAUGAAUGGGUGAGGCCAGCCUCAGCGAAGGGAAGAAUCCAAACCCAUCUCCCUCCCGAAUAUAGUCACUUGAGUCUUGGAAGAUUUUUUCCACUUUCUCAUCUUUCAAAAACCACCACAAAACCCACUUACCAAACUCUCUCUCAAUCCCUUCUCUCCCCGCAUACAAGCUGUUUUGAUGGCAGAGAAGCUGAAGCUCUCUCUCCCGGUUCUCCUACCAGGUCCACCUCCCUCAAAACCACUCUUCUCAGACCACCACUUGUCCACAACCCCCUCUCCGCCACCUCCCAUUACCCCUCUUCUCCAAAACUUCCAACCGCAUACCCAAACCCCAAACCCCCAAUCCCCAAUAAUCCCCAGACGCCGCAGACGUAUCGGGAAGUCUCAAGACGCCAACCGUGGAAAGCCAUGGUCUCACGGCCGUCUCUCGCCGCCAGGUCAGCGAAUUCUGCAAACCCUAAUCGACCCUACAUUUAAUCUUGCUCAAAUUGAUGAGCUCUUACUUGAAUUGUUCGAACAACAGCCGGGAGAAUCGGAUUUUAGUGUGGAGUCGCUGUCUUUGGAUGUUUUGGGUAUUGUCAAGGGUUUAGGGUUUUACAAAAAAUGUGACACUGCUUUGAGGGUAUUCGAGUGGGUUCGGAAUCGGAAAGAAUCUGAAUUAUUGUUGAAUGGUUCGAUUAUUGCUGUCAUUAUAAGUAUUCUUGGGAAAGGGGGUCGGGUUUCGGCUGCGGCUUCUUUGCUUCAUAAUCUUUGUAAAGAUGGGUUUGAUGUUGAUGUUUAUGCGUAUACUUCUAUGAUAACUGCAUUUACCAGCAAUGGGAGGUACAGGGAGGCUGUGAUGGUUUUUAAGAAAAUGGAGGAAGUGGGAUGCAAACCUACUUUGAUAACUUACAAUGUGAUUUUGAAUGUGUAUGGGAAAAUGGGUAUGCCCUGGAAUAAAAUGGUUGGUCUUGUUGAUAGAAUGAAGAGUGCCGGGAUUGCCCCUGAUUCAUAUACUUAUAACACGCUUAUAAGUUGUUGUAGGCGGGGAAAUUUGUAUGAAGAAGCAGCAGGGGUUUUGAAGGAGAUGAAAUUAGCAGGAUUUAGUCCUGAUAAGGUGACUUAUAAUGCUUUAUUGGAUGUUUAUGGGAAGUCUAGGCGAUCCAAGGAGGCCAUGGAGGUCUUGCAGGAGAUGGAGGGUAAUGGGUGUCCCCCUAGUAUGGUGACUUACAAUUCAUUGAUUUCAGCUUAUGCCAGAGAUGGGUUAUUGGAAGACGCCUUGGAGCUCAAAAACCAGAUGGUGGAAAAGGGAAUUAAACCUGAUGUUUUUACUUACACUACUCUUUUGUCAGGAUUUGAGAAGGCUGGGAAGGAUAAGGCUGCGGUUCAGAUUUUUGAGGAGAUGAGAAAUGAAGGUUGCAAACCAAAUAUUUGUACAUUCAAUGCCCUUAUUAAGAUGCAUGGUAACAGGGGAAAGUUUACGGAAAUGAUGAAAGUUUUUGAAGAUAUCAAGACAUUCCAGUGUUCACCUGAUAUUGUUACAUGGAAUACACUUCUUUCUGUGUUUGGGCAGAAUGGGAUGGACUCUGAAGUUUCAGGAGUGUUUAAGGAAAUGAAGAGGGCGGGCUUUGUGCCUGAGAGGGAUACUUUCAACACCCUAAUCAGCUCUUACAGUCGAUGUGGAUCAUUUGACCAAGCCAUGGCUGUUUAUAAGAGAAUGCUGGAGGCUGGGGUGAAUCCUGACCUUUCCAGUUAUAAUGCUGUUUUAGCAGCAUUGGCUCGGGGUGGGCUUUGGAAACAAUCUGAGAAAGUACUUGCAGAAAUGAAGGAUGGUCGAUGCAAACCUAAUGAGCUGACAUAUUGUUCUUUGUUACAUGCUUAUGCCAAUGGGAAGGAGAUUGAACGAAUGUGUGCUCUUGCAGAAGAAAUAUACUCUGGCAUAAUUGAACCUCGUGCAGUGCUCUUGAAGACCCUUGUUCUAGUAAAUAGCAAGCGUGACCUUCUAAUGGAAACAGAACGAGCUUUCUUAGAGUUGAGACAGCGAGGGUUUUCACCUGACAUAACUACUCUUAAUGCCAUGGUUUCCAUCUAUGGCAGGAGGCAGAUGGUUGCAAAAGCAAAUGAAAUUUUGGAUUUCAUGAAAAGGGGUGGGUUCACUCCAAGCUUGACAACUUACAACAGCUUGAUGUACAUGUACAGCCGGUCUGCAAAUUUUGAAAGAUCAGAAGAAAUCCUGAGGGAAAUUCUGGCAAAAGGAAUAAGGCCUGAUAUCAUUUCAUACAAUACUGUUAUUUAUGCCUAUUGUAGAAAUGGUCGGAUGAGAGAUGCUUCACGGGUACUCUCAGAAAUGAGGGAGUCUGGGCCUGCUCCAGAUAUAAUUACUUAUAAUACCUUUAUUGCAAGUUAUGCAGCUGAUUCCAUGUUUGUGGAGGCUAUUGAUGUUGUCUGUUACAUGAUCAAGCAUGGCUGUAAACCAAACCAAAGCACAUACAAUUCCAUUGUAGAUUGGUACUGCAAGCUUAAUCGCCGAGAUGAGGCAAGCAUGUUUGUCAACAACCUUCGCAAGCUUGAUCCACAUAUUUCCAAGGAUGAAGAAUGUAGGUUAUCAGAACGAAUGGCAAAGAAAUGGUCAUAGGAACCCUUUUCUACAAAUAAUAUUACAGAUGAUAGAUGAUGGAAGAGCUGAAUAACUUCCAGGUAUGUAUAGUAAACCUUUGUAGCACUCAAAUGAGAACCACUGAAUAACUUAAGUGGUUGUUUCUGUUAGUUCUUGCAACAUAUUUUUGACAAUCAAGUUGUAAUUUUGAGCUUUUUUUCCCCUUAACAUCUCAUUGUGUGUCAGUUUUAUUUAAUUGCCUCUACACCAGCAAAAAAGUGAAUAUUGUAGUUUGGUGGUCUGUUGCCCUAAUGUGGGUAGUGAGAAAUAUGCAUCCAUUGAAUCUU